GAGCAGAUAGACAGACAGCAGCAGCUCAGAGCUGCGGUCUGGCCGUCUGGGGGAAGAGACCGACGCGCGCGCAUCCUCCCCGCCUCGCCUUGCCUCGCUCGUGUGAACGGACAACCUCCCCGCCUCCCUCGCGCGGACGUGUCCGUUCACACGAAUUUUCUGCGUCGCCACGUCGCCGGUGCGCGGUAGCGGUAGCGGUAGCGGCCAGGGCAGCUUCUCUUCUCGCCCCUUCCAAAAUCCCGAGCUUUUUCCCCCCGAUUUCGACCCUCCGUUUUCCUCCGCUUCCUCCUCUGCUCCACUGCUUCAGGAAUAUAGAUAGUCGGAGAAAAAAACAGAGAGAGAGAGAGAGAGAGAGAGAGGAGGCAGGGGGAGUGGAGGGGAGGGGAAGCACCGAAAUUCCGAAUCCCCACCUCGCCGCUCCCACCACCGCGGAUUGCGUCGCCCCGUUCGAUUGCCCAGGAUGAGCACCGAGCCCGGGGAGCUGCUCGGGAUCGACCCCAUCGAGCUCCGGUUUCCAUUCGAAUUAAAUAAGCAGAUCUCCUGCACGCUGCAGCUGACGAACAAGACAGACAAGCAGGUCGCGUUCAAGGUUAAGACAACAAGCCCGAAAAAGUACUGUGUUCGGCCAAACAAUGGCAUGGUGGCACCCCGGUCCAAAGCUGAUGUUGUUGUUACAAUGCAAGCGCAGCGGGAAGUGCCGCCAGACAUGCAAUGCAAGGACAAGUUCCUUGUGCAGAGCGCCAUUGUGGCCAAGGAGAUCAUGCCAAAGGAGGUCACUGGAGACAUGUUUACCAAAGAUUCAGGCAAUAUAGUGGAUGAAGUGAAGUUGAAGGUAGUUUACUUAGCGCAAUCGUCCUCUCAAAGCGAGGGAUAUGAGGAUGGUAAUCUGGGCAGUUUGAGUUAUCAAGAGGAAACAAAAGAACCUAAAGAAUCAGAAAAAAUAAUCACUGAGCCAUUUGCUUUGAUUUCGAAACUGAUGGAGGAGAAGAAUUCUGCUGUUGAACUGAACAACAAGCUUCGACAAGAAUUGGACCUUCUGAGGCGAGACAUCAGCAGGCAGCAUGGUGGUUUCUCAUUAGUUUUAGUACUGGUGGUUGCUAUUCUGGGAAUACUGCUAGGGUUCCUCAUGAAGAGAUGAGUGCAUGUAUUAUUUAUCUGGUUGGCUUUUUCUGAAUUAAACAAAAUUGUAUGUGCUCUCUGUAUGGUUGCUGUUGUACAACUCAGUGGUCUGUUUAUCAUAGGAUCUGAUGCCUAUUGUAAUUUUCUGAUUCAUAUUAUAAACUUUAGCCAAACAAUAAGUCAUAGUUACCAACACCAGCUGUUAUCAGCUUGCAAGCGACUUGAGGUCUUGAGGUGUAGCAUUUUGGUUUUUGAAAGAUUUUGACUAAUUGUUGGCAUCCUUUUGCACAUAUAAACAGAAUGGUUUCUUUAAAA